CCCGACCCAAACCAAAAUACUCCAGGUCGUCCCCGUCUCCUCCGCCCGCCGUCGCUCGCGCCGGCCUCCAUCGCCGCGAGCAGCCGCCCCGGCAUCCUGCGGUUCUGCUGAUUGCAAGAUGAACUCUAAGCGUAGGAGGAGUCAUAGCCCAGUUGAGCACAUGGAAGGCAAUGGUAAAGAGAGUGAGGUUUCUGGAAGGAAAGAUGACACAAGAGAUCUAGAGAAUGACACUAGCAAUGCCAGAUCAGGGAGAGGUCAAGAAUAUGUUAGGCAUUCUGAUAGGCAUUCCUCUGGAGCACCACGUGAAUCCAGGAGGCAUGAUGAUUAUAGGAGGUAUCAUGAUAAGCGUGCUGAUGACAAUGACAGGGGCCAUAGAACCUCUCGGUCGGAACGGGAAUCAAGGGCUGACACUUACUAUGAUCGUACAAAGCGUGAUGGCACAUCUGAUAGAUCACGUGGUGAUUGGCGAAAUGUUGACAGCAGGUAUGAUGACAAACUUGUCAGGAGAGAACACAGGAGUAAGAACCAAGAAAGGCAAGAUCCCUCACGUGAUUAUCCUAGAUAUGAUGGAGAACAUGACAAAUAUUCAGACGGCAGGAAGCAAGGGCACAAUAGCAGAAGGUAUCCAGAAGAAAAGGAAAGUAAGAACAAGGAGACUGCCAAGCAAGAGGAGGCCCUAAAUAAGAGAACUGGCAAGGAAAUUGAAAAAAUGAGUUCCAUAGCAGAGCCUGAGGCUAGAAUUAGGGAGAAGAGAAGUUUAUUUAGUUCAGUUGGGCCAGAUUUUGAAAAUGCACAACUUAAUGAUAAGGUAGACACUUCUAGGAAGAUACCUUCACUUGAUUGCUCGAAGGAUGGAGUCAUGAUUAACUCUGCAUCAGUAUUUAAAGAUGGUGGAAUUGUAAACAGUGUUGAUGCAGCAAAAGUUGCAGCUAUGAAAGCUGCCGAAUUAGUGAAUAAAAACCUUGUAGGAUUUGGAGUUGGCGCUGGGCGCCUGUCCACAGACCAGAAGAAAAAGCUGCUUUGGGGCAACAAAAAGAGUAAUCCUCCGGAGUCAAGUACUCACUGGGACUCAAAUAUGUUUUCCGACCGGGAGCGCCAAGAGAAAUUCAACAAACUCAUGAGUCUGAGGAUGCCUUGGUGGCUAUGGCCUGUUGUAGGGAGUGAAGAGCAGCAGCUCAGCCCAGGAGAGCAGCAGGGUCGACAACAAGGACGGGGGCUCGUCGGAUGCCAAGAAGCAGGAGGAGCUGGACACCGACCUGGAGAAGCACUACAUAGCUGGCCUGCGCCGGAGAGACGGCCGGACCGUGGGUCUUGGCCUGUAGUAGUAGAGUGGCCUGCUCUCAGCUGCUCUUGCUACAGAAUUGGACAACUCUGGAGCUCGUUUCGUGCACACAUUGCUGGCAUGUGUGGAUGUUUAACUGGGUUUUCACCUGUGGAAUUGCAACUGGUCUGUUUUGUACUGGCGCCUGAACUGCUGUUCCUGCGUGACGCAUUAACCACAGUGAAGGGGGCAGAUAAACUCGCUUCCCAUGCUUGUUUAUCUUCCCAUGCUAUUUGCUGUUUUCAGUUGCUACUCCUAUGCCGUAGAAUGAUGAAAUUGAAGUGCAUUUUGGCAAAGACUUCAAGCAGCUCAGGUUUACGGGAAGUGUAGAAUGCGAGAGAAUGCAUACGUGGGGAGUGGAGGCUACACUGAUAAAAAAGCAGAAAACAUACCAUCAAAAGUUGUUUCAAGAACUAGAAAUGCUAAAGAAUACAUACGUCGUAUGAUUUCUCCUUCGGUAAGAAAACCAGAAAAAGAAGAAAAAUAUAAAGA